AUGGUGUUGAGAUCCUUCGAGGUGGUGGUGGUGGUGUUGAGAUCCUUCGAGGUGGUGGUGGUGUUGAGAUCCUUCGAGGUGGUGGUGGUGUUGAGAUCCUUCGAGGUGGUGGUGGUGUUGAGGUCCUUCGAGGUGGUGGAGAGUGUGAACUCUAAAGCCCCUCGAGCCUCCCAGAGUGUGAACUCUAAAGCCCCUCGAGCCUCCCAGAGUGUGAACUCUAAAGUCUCUCGAGCCUCCCAGAGUGUGAACUCUAAAGUCUCUCGAGCCUCCCAGAGUGUGAACUCUGAAGUCCCUCGAGCCUCCCAGAGUGUGAACUCUAAAGUCUCUCGAGCCUCCCAGAGUGUGAACUCUGAAGUCCCUCGAGCCACCCAGAGUGUGAACUCUGAAGUCUCUCGAGCCUCCCAGAGUGUGAACUCUAAAGUCUCUCGAGCCUCCCAGAGUGUGAACUCUGAAGUCCCUCGAGCCACCCAGAGUGUGAACUCUAAAGCCCCUCGAGCCUCCCAGAGUGUGAACUCUAAAGCCCCUCGAGCCUCCCAGAGUGUGAACUCUAAAGCCCCUCGAGCCUCCCAGAGUGUGAACUCUAAAGCCCCUCGAGCCUCCCAGAGUGUGAACUCUAAAAGUGUGAACUCUAAAGCCCCUCGAGCCUCCCAGAGUGUGAACUCUAAAGCCCCUCGAGCCUCCCAGAGUGUGAACUCUAAAGCCCCUCGAGCCUCCCAGAGUGUGAACUCUAAAGUCUCUCGAGCCACCCAGAGUGUGAACUCUAAAGUCUCUCGAGCCUCCUGCACCUAA